AUGUGGCGGUUGGCGGCGGCAGUGAGAAGUAAACUCCACAACAUAAGGAAGAGGAGCCCACGAGUGGCUGAUGAAAGCAUGUUCAGCGGCGGUGGAGUUGACGGCGGCGGAAGGGUGGUCGACGGUGGCGACCGUAGAGAGAGAAAUUCACAUGGGGUUUCGAUAAUUUACAAUGUUCUUCGAACCCCAUUUUCGUUUCUUUCUUGCUUCUCUCACCCACAUGUUAAUGGCGUCGACGGGAUGUGGGUCUCCGGCGAGUUCGCCAGAAUCUCUGAAGUGAAUCAUCUUAUGGUCAUUCUGAGGAUGUAUAUCACAGGACAUAUGGUCGGGCAGGACAGCUUUUCUUAA